AUGCAGCCAAACAGAAGAGCAGCUUCUUCUGACCAGCCUCUAAGGCCCGGUAAAAGUCAACAGAUCGGACGGCAGCGGAGUGAUCAGUUUGAAGACUUGACCCCGCCUCUAAACACAGAAACAAGGACGAGGUUUCUGGGUUUGUUCAUUAUGGCUUGGAGGAAUCUGGGAUCCCUAUGUUCUUUUUGGAAUUUCCGGAGUAUCUUUCAGAGCAGAACCACAGAAAUUGAACUGGGAACUCACACAAUCAAAUCUCAUGGAGCUGCACUUGCAAAGAAUCACAUGCAUGAUUGGCUUAUACUGCUGCUUCUUGCAGUUAUAGAGGUCAUCUUGUUCAUCAUUCAACCCUUCCACCGUUUUGUGGGAAAGGAUAUGAUGACAGACCUUAGAUAUCCCAUGAAAGGGAACACAGUGCCUGUGUGGGCUGUCCCUAUGUAUGCAGUUUUGUUGCCUAUUGCCGUUUUUGUUUUGUUCUAUGCACGUAGGAAAGAUGUCUAUGAUCUGCACCACAGCACUCUAGGCCUCUUAUUUGCUGUGCUGAUUACUGGGGUUGUCACGGAUGCAAUCAAAAAUGCUGUUGGCCGGCCUCGACCAGAUUUCUUUUGGCGUUGCUUUCCUGAUGGAAAAGAUGUUUAUGAUCAGUGGGGAGGUGUACUGUGCCAUGGUAAGGAUAGUGACAUAAAGGAAGGACAUAAGAGUUUCCCAAGUGGUCAUGCUUCAUGGUCCUUUGCAGGUUUAGGCUUUCUCUCAUUGUACUUAUGUGGAAAGAUUAAAGCAUUUGAUCGGAAAGGGCACGUGGCAAAAUUGUGCAUUGUCUUCCUUCCUCUACUUGCUGCAUCUCUUGUUGGCAUUUCUAGAGUAGAUGACUAUUGGCAUCAUUGGCAGGACGUGUUUGCCGGAGGCCUUUUAGGACUUGUUGUGGCUGCAUUUUGUUACCGGCAAUUCUUCCCUUCCCCUUUUAAUGAUGAAGGAUGGGGUCCUUAUGCAUAUUUCAAAGCAUUGGAGGAGACACGGAGCAAUACACAUGCGGCCAGUCCUGUAAAUGCGCUCAGUGUGCAGGUGAUGGGGGCUCAGAACGUGAAUGAACGACGUGGGCAAAAUGGGGAUCCAUUUGCAGCAUUCUCCGCAGACCGCUAUACAAGCAUUAGGCUGGAUGAAAUAGUAUCAGGGGAGAAGUGA